AUGAAUUAUCCAUAUUCAGCUGCACCAUAUUUUCAAGCAACAAUGGCACAAGCCAUGCAAGCAAUAAUGACUGGUAGUCCAUUACCAUCUAAUUGUAUUGUUGUAGCUGUACCAAUGGAACAGGCAAAACAAAUGUUUCCACAAUUAAUGACGAAUUAUGCAUCAGGUGGUAAUGCGAUGGUAUUUUCUCGACCAUCAUCAUAUUAUGGUCAAUUUUAUCAACCACAAAUAGGACCAUAUUCAAAUAAUCAACAAUCAAAUGCUCUUGUACCUUAUUCAAAUUAUAAUUCACCAGGUUAUAAUCAAAAUUAUAAUUAUCCUGUAGUUCCAUAUGUUGAUUAUAACCAUCAAUCAAAGAAAACAAAUCAUCAUGGUAAAAAAUAUCAUUCAGAACCACAUUCAAAUGUUUAUAAUUCUUCAUCAUUUGAUACUCAUAUGGAUAAUUUAAGUUGGAGUCGAUUAUUUGGCCGUCAUCAUCAUCAUCAUCAUUAUCAUCAUUCAAAACAACAAAGACAGGAUCAAGGUGCAAUUAGUUAUGAACAAAAACCAAGUUCAUCAAAACAACAACCACAACACCAAGUACCACCACUUGAUUCUGUAACAUUAUCAUCAUUAUCAUCAACAAGUUCAUCAUCUACUACAAGUGAUGAAUCAAUUCGACGAGUAAAUGUAUCAACUAAACAACCAGCUAUAUUAUCAUCUUCAAAACAACAACAAAUAAAAGGUAGCUUACCAUUUAAAUAUUCCUCAGAUUUUGUUCCAGAUAAUGGAAAACAACAAUCACAACAAUCACAAAAAUCCAAUAAACAAAAUACAAAAGUUAGAGCUGAUGAUGUUUUCUAUGUUAAAACAGUUCAACCAUCUCAGCCAACAUCAAAAAAAUAA